AUGAGUGGGGGAUCCAGCGGUGGCUUUGGAGGGGGUUUCGGUAGCUGCUCUGGAGGGGGUGGGUUUGGAGGUUCUUCAGGCUCUAUGGCCGGCUUCGGUGGGGGCUCUGGCUUUGGUGGAGGCUCUGGCUUUGGUGGAGGCUCUGGUUUUGGUGGAGGCUCUGGCUUCGGUGGGGGCUCUGGCUUCAGUGGGGGCUCUGGCUUUGGUGGGGGUUCUGGCUUCGGUGGGGGCUCUAGUUUUGGUGGAGGUGCUAGUGGAGGCAUCUACAGCUAUGGUGGUGGGAUGGGUGGUGGAAUGGGUGGAGGUGUUGGUGAUGGGGGGCUUUUCUCUGGAGGUGAAAAGCAAACCAUGCAGAACCUCAAUGACCGCCUAGCCAGUUACCUAGACAAGGUCAGAGCCCUGGAAGAGGCCAAUACUGACCUAGAGAUCAAAAUCAAGGAAUGGUAUGAGAAAUUUGGCCCUAGAUCUGGAGAUAAUGGAUCUGGAAGAGAUUACAGCAAAUAUUACCCCAUAAUUGAAGAUCUCAGAAAUCAGAUCAUUACUGCCACUAUUGAAAAUGCUGGGAUCGUUCUGCAGAUUGACAAUGCCAGACUGGCUGCUGAUGACUUCAGACUGAAGUACGAGAAUGAGCUGUAUCUCCGGCAGACCGUGGAGGCUGACAUCAACGGCCUGAGGAAGGUCCUGGAUGACCUGACCAUGACUCGGUCUGACCUGGAGAUGCAGAUUGAGAGCCUCACCGAGGAGCUGGCCUACCUGAAGAAGAACCAUGAAGAGGAAAUGAAGAGUAUGCAAGGCAGCUCUGGUGGGGAUGUGAAUGUGGAAAUGAAUGCUGCCCCAGGAACUGACCUGACCAAGUUACUGAAUGACAUGAGGGCACAGUAUGAGGAGCUGGCAGAGCAAAACCGUCGGGAAGCAGAGGAGCAAUUCAACAAGCAGAGUGCAUCCCUGCAAGCACAGAUCUCUACAGAUGCUGGGGCAGCCAGUUCUGCCAAGAGUGAGAUAACAGAACUGAAACGUACUCUGCAAUCCCUGGAAAUUGAGCUGCAGUCCCAGCUGGCGAUGAAAAGCUCCCUGGAAGGAACCCUGGCUGAUACAGAAGGUGGCUACAUGGCUCAGCUGUCAGAAAUCCAGAUGAAGAUCAGCAGCCUGGAGGAGCAGAUCUGCCAGAUUCGGGGAGAGACUGAAUGUCAGAAUGCAGAAUAUGAGCAACUGUUGAACAUCAAGACCCGCCUAGAGAUGGAGAUUGAAACCUACCGGUGCCUUCUUGAUGGAGAGGGAGGAGGAAGCUCAGGAUCCAGAAACACAGGAUCGAAAGGUUCAAUGUCUGGGGACUCAAGAUCUGGAAGCUCUUCUGGCCAAGGAAGAGAUCCAAGCAAGAGUAGAGUGACUAAGACGAUCGUAGAGGAGGUGGUAGAUGGCAAGGUGGUCUCUUCUCAAGUCAGUAAUAUUUCUGAGGUGAAAUUUAAAUAAGCAAUUUCCAGAUCAAGGGUGUCUUUCAGAGAAAAAAUUGAAAGACAGCAAUAGAGAAAUCGCACCAACCUAGUCAUCUUUCUGGAUAACUUCAGGAAAAGUGUUGCCAUCCAGAAGCAGAAGACUAGCCAAUUUUUCUGCAUCCUCUUUUUUUUUUUCUUAUUAGAAUGCGCUUGAAAAACCUAAUAUGCAACUUUGCUUUAAUUGUUUCUGUG